UCAGCUCGACACUCAGCAGGUCUGUUGGCCACGAGGACACCAAAGAGUUUCAGCUGGUGACUCGUACCUCUCACCUGCAGCCGACUGGACCUCUGCUGCUCCCGCACAUGGCUGUACGCAGAUCCCCUUCCUCUACCUGUGCAGAGUCAUGGGUGAAUGGAGCAAAGUUAUUCCGGGUGUCCACAGCCCUGAGCGAGUCCUCCUCCAUCCACAGUGAGACUCUUUUCCAACUGAGCCGGGAUGUAUCCUGGAUGGGCUUGGACCCCCUCUCCUACAGCACGCUUGAACCUCAGCUGCAUCGAGAUGAGACCGGAGCCGAAGAAAGGCAAAGUCUAUUGAAGAAGCGCAACAGCAUGCAGGACUCCCCGAGUGACGACAAGGUCCCGGUGGUCAGUGCAGCGUCAAGUCCGCACGGCAGUGGCGAGGGCCUAAACUUCUCGGAUGGACGCCGAAAAGUUGACUACGUACUGGUCUACCACCAUCGGCGCCACGGCUCCAUUCGGUCUCCUGCCAGCAACUCUGUAUCCCACGACAGAUUGUCCAUUGUUUCCAAUGGCAACUUCACCUCGUCGAUGGGCACCGACUUGGCGGGAGGCAGUGGUAAUGGUGGUGGUGGAACUGGGGGAGAGGCCACCACCUGUGGGGAAGUGUUUGUGGAGCUUGGGAUCGGAGACGGGAGUGAACCAACUGAACCUGCUGAUCACGAGAUGCAACUGAUCAGACAAGAGUUUGAAGCAAACCUGCUGGAGGCUGGUCUGGAGAUAGAGACUGAUGGAGAGUCAAAAGGUCACGGUCCCUUCUUUACCCGUCUCCACGCCCCCUGGCCUGUGCUGUGUCGGGAGGCAGAGUUCCUCAAGAUUAAGGUUCCGACAAAAACGAGCUACGAACUGAAGGAGGAAAGUGGCUUCAGCACCAGUAUGAGCUCUCUGUGGAGGAAACUGAACCAGCCAUUCCAGCCCAAAGUACCACACCAGGACAAUGGACGGACCAAGUAUCUGUCGCACUGCUUCUCCCGCGACAAAUUGCACCUGUACAACAUCACAUCUAAAGACACAUUCUUUGACAAUGCCACAAGAGGACGAAUAGUGUAUGAGAUUUUACGACGGACUGUGUGCACACGGACAUGUCAAACUAUUGGCAUCAGCACGUUGAUAGCAAAGGGCGUAUACGAUUCUGCCUUCCCGCUACAUGACGGUGAUUAUGAAGUCAUUGGGGACCUGGAGGAGCGGAACGACCGACAGGUUCUCCAUGAAGAGUGGGCCAGAUACACUGCCUUCUACAAGUACCAGCCCAUAGAUCUAGUCAGGAAGUACUUUGGCGAGAAGAUUGGCCUUUACUUUGCGUGGCUUGGUGUCUACACUCAACUGCUGGUUCCUGCCUCAAUCGUGGGAAUCAUUGUUUUUGGCUAUGGGGUCGCCACCAUGGACACGAAUAUACCCAGUCUGGAGAUGUGUGACGAGCGUCUCAACUUCACCAUGUGUCCUCUGUGUGACGGAGCCUGCGACUUCUGGCAGCUCAGCACCGCCUGUGGCACGGCCAAAGCCUCACACCUCUUCGACAACCCUGCCACCGUCUUCUUCGCCAUCUUCAUGUCACUGUGGGCGGUUUUGUUCCUGGAGCACUGGAAGCGACGCCAGAUCAGUUUGAGCUUCAGUUGGGAUUUAACAGGAAUCGAGGAGGACGAGGAACAUCCCAGGCCCAGAUAUGAAACCAUCCUCCUUCAGAAAACACAGAGGAAACAGCGACGCAAGACAAAAAAGAGCGAGACAGUGAAGCGGGAGGACGGGGCAGCGACAGGGAAGGACAGAUGGAGACAAAAACUACUGUCAGCCAUGUCUGCAGGAACUCCGCCUAGAGCCGACAAGCUGACCUGCAGAGAUCGCCUCCCCGGAUACUUCAUCAACGUCUCCUCCAUCCUCUUCAUGUUUGGACUGACGUUCUCUGCGGUGUUCGGCAUCAUCAUCUACCGAAUCACCGUGUCGGCCCUGAUGGCCAUGAGCCCUGAUCCAGAGACCAAGUCCAAUGUGCGGGUGACGGUCACGGCUACUGCCGUCAUCAUCAACCUGGUGGUGAUCCUCAUUCUUGACGAGAUCUACGGAGCAGUGGCUGUCUGGCUCACUGAGCUGGAAAUCCCUAAAACUGAAACAAAUUUUGAGGAGCGACUCAUCCUGAAGGCUUUCUUGCUGAAGUUCAUGAAUGCGUACGCACCGAUCUUCUACGUGGCGUUCUUCAAGGGACGGUUCGCAGGCCGACCAGGAAACUAUGUUUAUGUCUUUAACGACUUUCGUAUGGAGGAGUGUGCUCCGGGCGGCUGCCUCAUCGAGUUGUGCAUUCAGCUCAGCAUCAUCAUGCUCGGGAAGCAGCUGAUCCAGAACAACAUUUUUGAGAUCGGAAUUCCGAAACUCAAGAAGCUGGUUCGUGCUUUGAAAGAUAAAGGUCGAGCGGUGGAGGAGAAGGAGGACGAAAGACCCCCGAAGCAGUGGAACUUGGACUAUCCUCUGGCUCCUUUUGAAGGCCUCACUCCAGAGUACAUGGAAAUGAUUAUCCAGUUUGGUUUUGUUUCCCUCUUCGUGGCGUCCUUUCCUCUGGCCCCUCUCUUUGCUCUGCUCAACAAUGUCAUUGAAAUCCGACUCGAUGCCAAGAAGUUUGUCACGGAGCUCCGCAGGCCGGUGGCAAUACGAGCUAAAGACAUUGGUAUAUGGUACAACAUCCUCAGUGGAAUGGGAAAGUUCUCGGUUAUCAUAAAUGCCUUUGUGAUAUCCUUCACAUCUGACUUCAUCCCUCGGUUGGUCUACCAGUACAUGUACAGCCAGACCGGGACCAUGCACGGCUUCAUCGACCACACACUCUCCUACUUCAACGUGUCCAACUUUAAACCGGGCACAUCACCUCACAACUCUGAGCAAGACAUCACCUUCUGCAGGUAUAAAGACUACAGAGAACCCCCCUGGUCUCCAGAUGCAUACCAAUUCUCCAAACAGUACUGGGCCGUCCUGGCUGCCAGACUGGCCUUUGUCAUUCUCUUCCAGAACCUGGUGAUGUUCCUCAGCCUCCUGGUCGCUUGGGUGAUCCCCGACAUUCCCAAAACCAUUGUGGAGCAGCUGAAACGAGAGAAGAAGCUGCUGGUCGACGUCUUCCUACGGGAGGAGAAGGAGAAGUUCCAGCUGAUCCAGAGUCUCUUUGCCAAGGAUGCCAAGCUGCCAGAGAGCAACCGCGUCUAUCCUUCUGACCAGAGCGCCUCGGUACGGGGCCGAUACAGUACAUUGCCUACUGGCCUCAGUCAAACUGGGGACCCUGGAGGGUCCAGAAUGAGAUGCAGGGCUGCUAGUUUCAGCCAGUUCAACAGGAAGAUGCCCUCGUCGCCUGGAAAUGAGAAUUCAAGACACACCGCCGUGUGACUCGGAUUGUGUGUUGGUGCGAGUUCCAACUCGUCCAUGCGCAUGUUCAAAACUCACAUAAUGUUUUGGUUCAGGCAACGAGCCGUCUCCAAAUUAGUUACUGACUGUACUGUUAUGACAUAGCAUUAAAAUAAACACCUGAAAUUGUGUGACACGAAGGAAGAGGUCGGUGUGAAAUGGAUUCAGUUUCAGGUGCAGUUAUAACUGUGACCAGAGAAACAAUCGGAAAAUAUUUGGAGGCUGUGAAUUGUGAGAGUUAGUGUGCACUGUUGUCUGCUUAACAUAUUCCUGCUACCACAGGGCUUAAACCUGAGCGCACCCUCACCUUCGAACUCUCCCUUGGCCCGAUCGCAGAUCUUUCUGUGUGUUGCUGUUUCACUGCUGUUAACAGUGGCCCAAGUCAGUCAACGCUGCCACCAUUGAUGAAUAUGAGAGAGUCCCAGUGUGGUUUUGUCCCACGGAUGCCUUAAAAUAAGAAAUAUUAUGCACCGUCUGAUGUCUUGGAGAAGGCGUUUAACCAUGUUCCUGGAAAUGCCCUGCAUAUUUGCCACUAGAUGACAUAUUUCCCACACUAGGAAAUGAGAUUCUUCCCCAGGUGGAGGAGUUCAGGUAGCUGAACCCUGGGAUGCUGUGGCAUCCCACCAUGGUGCAGAAAGAGCUGAGCCAAGAGACAAAGUGGCCCAAAUGAGUUGCUGUCUCAGGAUGCUCCUCUUCUGUAUUGAGAAAAGCCAAUGUAGAUGGUUUGGGAACCCAGUGGAGAAGCCUCCCAUUUGACCUAGGAACACCUUGGUACUUCCCCAAUGGAGUUUCUCUCAAGAGGGGUCUUCACUGGCCCAUCAUUUCUUGGGAGCAUGCUCUCACAUUUUGAUCUCAGCGUGGCCUCCAAUUGGAAACCUCUUCCCCAGCUCCCCCCAUCCUACAGCACUUCCUGUCCGAACCUUCUCAGUAACCGCUUCUCAUAACACAUCGACACAUCCCAUUAUGACUCCCCUCUCAGCCGUGUGCUGUAGUGGUUCAGUAGCUGUGUAGCUUCUACAAAUCACCAAUCCUGAACACACAGGCAAGUAUGUGCACACAAGCCCCCGGCAGCCUUUUGUCAGUGUGCGUGAGCGUUGUCGCGACUGUUUACCUGAUAAGUGUUAUCAUUUUUACUUUUUGGUAAAAACAAUAAGAAGUGAGGCGCAUUAGCUUCAUAGCGUAGACAAGCAAUAAAAGUAGUCAGUAGGAGGAAUAAGCAGAGCAUUGUGUAUAAAGUGACUUGGACAUCGUGGUUCAGUACAGCCACUUUCUGCUUCUUUUCGUGCGUUUUUAUGACAGAUUUGUAGCAUUUACUGCGCAGGGUGUUUAUUUGCAACGUUUACACAGACUCCUGAACUGGUCCUCUCCAUGAUCGUGCAGUUUCGACUCUGCUGCUAGGGUUUGUGCCGUAGCUUAGGGUGCAACAUCAGCCAUAAUAACUGCAAGUAGACUCCUAGAUAUUGAAACUGUGAAUCUUAUCUGGCUGAAACAGAAUUAACUCAACAUUCCAUCACAUGAAAUAACAUUCCUACAAAGGUUUUCUCUGAAUAUUGAGUUUGACUUGUGCAAAUGGGCCGUCUGUUUCUACACUAUGAUUACAGUUUGAGAAAAACUGAAUGUGGUGUCCCAUGGUUUUGUGUUGUCACGGCAUCUGCAGCUUUGAAACAGAGUCCGGGUUUUCUUGAUAGUAAAAUCUGUGUUUUUGAUUUUAGAACCAGUGGACACAAGUUAAUAAUGACAUCUGGUUAAAGAAGUGAAGUCUUAUUGUUUUGUUGUAUAAAUUUACGCAUUUCUUUGGCCACAUUAAACCACAAAUAUGCCGUGUUGUUUAACACGAAACAUAUGGUUUUAGUGCAUUAGUACAUUAAACAUUUAUUUUUAUGUGUUUUGUCCUCAGAUUGCAGCAAUUGUAUAGAAAAAUCAAUCAAUAUCUGUGGUUUUGAUAUUUAUUGAUAUGAUAUUAUUUAUCUAUUUAUAUUAUGUGAACACUUUCUCAGUUAAUUAUAAUUUAGUUGGAGUCACAAGUGCUUGUGAACAAUUAUGAUCCAUUUAAAAAAUAUAUAAAUAAAAUUAAUAACAUUUAUUUAACAUUGAUUAUUUUUUGUCUGGAAAAAUGUGUAUUGUGGGCCACUGACAAUAGAAAUAUAAUGAAAGGAAAGACAAAAUAUUCUUUAAAUUUGAACAUUAUAUAUUUUUCUAUUUUUUUUUUAUUUAGUAAAUACAUAUAGUUUAAACACGAUAUCUGUGAAGAAAGCAGUUGAUUUGUUAUCCAAAGUGAUUCAAUUGAAUUCUGAUUUUCAUAUUUUCACGCACUUUUUAUUUUUGCAUGUAGUUUAUGAAAAAACAGAAAUCACACACUUUUAAAAAAUAAUAAUAAAAUGACAAAAUUUUACCAAAAAGAAAAAUAUUAAGGAAAUUACAGAACAUUCAUUUAAAUUAUUGGGUUUUUGUUUUUAUUUUCAGUAGCGGUUUCAAUGUUUGCAAUGUUAACCUUCAAAGAAGAAAAGCAUUCCUGUCACUCUUGUCAACAAGAACCGAAUGUUAACUCUUCAUGAUGUGACGUUAUUAAUACAUUCCAGUUUUGUUUUGAUAUGAUCUUGACAGCAGAAUUAGCUUGGAGUUUUGUCCUUUAUGACUUCAUCCCUAAUCGGGGCGGAGGAACCGUUUUGGCAGCGAUGUUGUUGAAUCACAACGCUCUGGGCAGAAGAGGAAAACAAAUGGACAAUGAAAUGAAACCAUGUGACCGUUUGAGAUUUUGAAGACCACAAACUGUUUCAGAGGCCUUUCACAGAACUUUAAACGUGACAAGUUCAUGUUGUCUAUUUUUGUUGUUCGUUGCGAAACAAAGAGGCUCACUCAUUCAUGACAUCAUUUUAAAUUGACAAAGACACAUUUGUAAAUUCUCAUGCUCUUUUAUCUCAUUGUUUGUUCUUUUUUUCUGCUGUUUCUCUUUUACCUUUCUCCAUCUGUUUAGUUUCAUGGCCGUUCAAAUAAACAUGUUUUUGUCAAAAUGAAUUUGAAAUCUUGUUUUGAUAAAGGAAUUACUGUAUUGUUACUACUACUACUGUUUUAUUUGCAUAUCUUUUCUUGCAGAGUAUUAACUCUAACUCAAUUGGAAAUUAUUUUUUUGUGAAUAUCUUUAUUAUAUUUAUUAAUCUAUUGUGGUGGUUAACUGAAAAUGUAUCUUUGUAUGU